CAAAGAUUUCGAACUUUAUUUGGGGGAGAAAUCGAUCGAUCUUCGAGACCUAGAGAAGAAGAAGAAGAGCAAUCACACAGAGAAGGAUCAAUGGAAGCACCGAAGACGAUUCCACACGAAAUCGGCGGAGUGAGAACCGACGCCCUCCGCUUCGGGCUUCACGGUGUCAAGAGCGACAUUGUUGGCUCUCAUCCUCUCGAAUCCGCCUAUGAAGAUACUAAGGUGCGGCAAGAGGAGAUGAGGAGGAAGAUCCUUGCCAACACUUACGGCUUGGCUUUACCUACGAAGAUGGAGCUGGACCGCCGAAUUCUUUCGAGGUUUCAGAGGCCUCCUGGAGUAAUACCUUCUUCCAUGUUGGGCUUGGAAGCCAUGACAGGAGCUCUGGAGGACUUUGGUUUUGAGGACUACCUAAAUGAUCCAAAGGAAUCUGAAACCUUUCGCCCAGCUAACAUGCAUCACGGCAUGGAAGUGCGGCUUGGGCUUUCCAAGGGACCAGUAUGCCCCAGUUUUAUUUAAAUUGUUUCGAUGUAGUUUGUUGACUUUUAAUCAUGAUAUAUUAUGUUGUGCCGCUAUUGGUGUACUUUUCUCCGCCUCUCUUUAAUUACAAGUUAGUGUGGUUAACAUUCCAAUUUUAAUUUCAAAUCUUGAACAAUUUACCUUUUAUUAUAAGAUGGCUCUCCAAUCUCCAGUA